AUGCUGAAAUGCAAGUGGACAUUUCCCCUUCUCUACCCACUGAUGGUGACAGGCUCUACACUUGAAGUCGCAAUCAAAGUAUACCCCAAGACAAUUUCCAUUGGCAUAAGUCUCAGCCUUGCCUUUUCCUGGGCAAUUGAUCUGUGGGGAUUGCGUCUUCUCGUAGUUUUGGGAGCGACAGUGAGGGCACGAAGCAAUAAUCUGCCGUAUACAUAUGGCGGAGAACAGCAUGAUGACCUUGAGGCUGAACGUUAUAUCCAUUGGACUGUGAAGUGGCAGUGGGGUGGAAUUUGGACUUUCCAGCUGUAUGAGCUCUUUAAAACAAAGCAACAAAUGAAGUUUCAGACCUGGAAUACCCCCGUAGCAGCCCGUAGCUAUCAAUCAAUGCCCGCGCAAGAGUCAAGACAUCCUGUGAGACAAGUUUGUUCUCAGAGAUAA